AUGCCUUACCCAUCCAAACAUAAAAGUCAAUUAAAGGAUGCAAGAACACAAAUUGGAAAAAAGAGUAUUGAUACCAGUGAUAAUGCUGAUGUCAUUGAUGAAGAAGAGGAACUUGAAACAAGAGAAAUACCAAUUAAUAAUACUAUGCCUAAGGAAGGAUUUACUCAUUGUGUUGUAAUUGAUAACAUUGAUGGGGUAAUACAACAAUGUAAAUCCACCAAUAAAAUGAGACGUUUAGGACAGCUUGUUGGAGCAUGGGAGGUAGAUGAAACUGCAGUUAGAAAUUGUGAUGAUGUAGUGAAUGAAUUGGGUGUAUGUUAUGAACAUUUUUUAUAUGAUCAAAAUUCCAUUCAUUCUGCAAGAGUUAAACAGGAUGUAAAUAUAGAGAAAAGUCAUGUCCAAUUUCGCAGAUGCCUAUUUUGUAAGAAGAACAAAGCUUUUUUUACACGGAGAAAAGCAUGCAUUGAGCAUUGCUGGAAUAUAAUUGGAAAAAAUAUUCAACUUCCAUGCAAUGCACAAUAUAAAUGUAAAGUAUUCUCACCAUUUAAUUCAAUUGCAAGUAAGUCCAGAUCUGACUACAGGCCUCAAUUUGUCUGCUGUUCCUGCUUUGCUUUACAAGGCAGUCAUUUAGAACCAAGACCUAGGAAAGGGCCACCAUUUAAAUUAUGUAAUGAUCAUGAUAAUGAUGCAUCCAGUUCUCUACAAUACAUAAGUAAAUGGAUUUUAGAAGUAUCUUGUGGUAGUGAUCAAGAAUAUAAAAAAAAGGUACUUAACUAUUUGGUCCCAAGUUUAGCUGUAUUCAAUAAAGAUUCAUCCAAAUUUCCUGAAAAUGUAAAAACAGAACCUUCAGAAUCUACACAAUCAGAACAAUCAGAAGAAAUCAAAGUUCCUCAUCUGUUUCUUAUAAAAACCAUUUUAAAAUUAGCUAAAGUGAAUCUUACAGAUGAAGAAAGGGCUUCUAAUUUGACUUCUGGAGAAUUCUAUAAUCAAGGGAAAACACUUGCAUUGGCAAUAUGGAAAAACAAAAAUAUUCUUUCAGAAAAUUCAGAACAACUUUCCCAACCUGA